AUGGUGCCCAAAAACGUAUCGACUUCGGCGACUGUAUUAAUAUCCUCCUUUGCAUCUCCGUGGCCGCGAAAUCCACAGUGGAUCGCAAACUUCAGAAGACCCAGAACCGGGGUGCGACGGUAUAGCCGUGCUGCGUGGCCGUCCUACGGCAUCACCACUCCCGUGCCGGAUCGCCCUCCUCCGUUCCCCAGUUCCGGAUCUAGGAAAUCUCCAUUCUGCUUCCAGACGGGGUAUGCGCUCUGCGCCAAACGGCCGUCGCGCCCCUUCCCCCCACCGUUCCUGUCCCCGCCGUCCUCGUCCUUUUCCGACCCGUUGACUACCCACUACCACAGUCAGGAUAAGAGAUUAUCCGUCAAGGGCGAACUAGUCAGGGGGCUGAACAACGGCGACGAUGCCGUUUUGGUUGCGGAUAAUUUCCUCGGGGUCGACGAUGGCGUGGGGGCGUGGGCUACCAAGCCACGAGGUCAUGCUGCACUCUGGUCCAGGCUUUUACUGCAUUUCUGGGCUCUAGAAGUCGAACGGGGAGUUGAUAGUGAUGCGCCGCUGGAUCCGGUCGAGUACCUCCAACGUGCUUACGAAGAAACCAUCAGGGCAACGACCGACCCUAACGAAUGGUACGGAACAACGACCUCCGUCACUGCGAUCUUACAUUGGACCUGCGAUGAUACGGGAAACGAGAAGCCUUUACUUUACGUGACCAAUGUAGGCGAUUGCAAGUUGAUGGUUAUCCGUCCAAGCGAGGAGAAGAUCCUGUUUCGGACCAAGGAACAAUGGCAUUGGUUCGACUGCCCGAUGCAGCUGGGGACCAACAGCGUGGACACACCGCGGAAGGAUGCAGUGAUGUCUCAAGUGGAUUUGGAGGAGGAGGAUGUCGUACUUGCCGUGUCCGACGGCGUUCUAGACAAUCUUUGGGAACAUGAAAUAUUGUCCAUCACGCUUGAUAGCAUCAAGAAGUGGAACCAGGGACGGUAUGACAAUACAGACCUUGAGUGGGCUCCCCCGGAGGUGCUGGCAGAAGAACGCAUGGUCUUUGUGGCGCGCGAGCUGCUCAAAUCCGCUCUGGCUAUUGCCCAGGAUCCGUUCGCCGAGAGCCCAUUUAUGGAGAAGGCAAUUGAAGAAGGUCUCGCUAUUGAGGGGGGGAAAAUGGAUGACAUUAGCGUGGUGGUUGGUUCCUGCAAGAGGAGGGCUUCUUGA